CUAAAGCUCAGUUUCAUGUGUAAAAAAAUGUCUGAUCCUUCAAAGGUCAUUCAUGUUCGCAAUGUGGGGCAUGAGAUCUCAGAGAAUGACUUGCUUCAACUAUUCCAACCAUUUGGCGUCAUUACUAAACUUGUAAUGCUUAGGGCAAAAAAUCAGGCCCUCUUGCAAAUGCAAGAUGUCCCUUCAGCUGUAAAGGCAAUGCAAUUCUACUCAAAUGUUCAACCCAGCAUAAGGGGGAGGAACGUUUACGUUCAGUUUUCAUCUCACCAAGAACUGACAACUAUGGAUCAAAAUACACAAGGCCGUGGAGAUGAGCCUAAUCGAAUUCUCUUAGUCACAAUACAUCACAUGCUAUACCCUAUGACUGUGGAUGUGCUGCAUCAAGUGUUUUCUCCACAUGGAUUUGUAGAGAAGAUCGUCACAUUUCAGAAGUCGGCUGGUUUUCAAGCUUUAAUCCAGUAUCAAGUACAACAAAGUGCUGUUUCUGCAAGGAACUCACUUCAGGGGCGUAAUAUAUAUGAUGGCUGCUGUCAGCUUGACAUACAGUUCUCUAACCUAGAUGAAUUGCAAGUGAACUACAAUAAUGAACGUUCAAGGGACUUCACUAACCCAAAUCUACCAUCAGAACAGAAGGGCAAAUCUUCUCAAGUAGUUUAUCUUUUUGUUUUCACAUUGUUUAAGUAGAUGGGAAAUGCUGAAGCAAUUGCAGCUGCUUUUGCUGGUGGUUUGCCACCUGGAAUUAGCGGGACAAAUGACAGAUGUACUAUUCUUGUUUCUAAUUUAGAUGCAGAUAGAAUAAAUGAGGACAAGCUUUUUAAUCUGUGCUCCCUUUAUGGAAAUAUUGUCAGAAUUAAGAUUCUCCGCAAUAAACCAGAUCAUGCUCUGGUUCAGAUGGGUGAUGGGUUCCAGGCGGAGUUGGCUGUUCACUUUUUGAAGGGUGCCACGUUAUUUGGAAAGCGCCUGGAAGUCAACUUCUCAAAGCACGCCAAUAUUACUACAGGACCGGACACACAUGACUACUCAAAUUCAAAUCUCAACCGAUUUAACCGUAAUGCUGCUAAAAACUACAGGUACUGUUGCUCCCCUACCAAGAUGAUCCACCUAUCCUCCCUGCCUCAGGAUGUAACGGAGGCAGAGAUUGUGGAACAUUUGGAGGAGCAUGGUCCCAUCAUCAAUAGUAAGCUUUUUGAGAUGAAUGGCAAACAGCAGGCUCUUGUUCUUUUUGAAAAGGAGGAGCAGGCAACCGAGGCACUCAUAUGCAAAAAUGCUACAUCUCUUGGUGGCUCAACCAUCCGGAUUUCAUUUUCUCAGUUACAGAGCAUCUGAGAAUCCUUUGUGAUAGGACGCAAUAAUGAGAACGAUGUAAUGUGCUUUCACUGAUUUGUGUUUUUAGUUUCUGCUGCCUUAUGAUGUACCCUUUCUGCCUCUACUAGCUAUUGUACUUAUUUUUAUUGGGCUUA